AUGAUACAACUCACAGUCGGCGUGCUUGCCCUCCAAGGCGCUUUCAUUGAGCACAUCACCCUCCUACAACAAGCCGCAUCGACCUUGAAAGCAGCCCAAGACACAGAAAGAAAUGGCCACCCAUCAUCCAUCCAAUUCUCCUUCAUAGAAGUCCGCACCCCCUCCGAGCUGGAAACCUGCGACGCCCUCAUCCUCCCGGGCGGCGAGAGCACCGCCAUCUCCCUCAUAGCAGAGCGAACCAACCUCCUCGAACCCCUGCGGGAAUUCGUAAAGACCCACCGGAGACCCGUCUGGGGCACCUGCGCCGGCCUGAUCCUGCUCGCGGAGAGCGCCAAUAGAUCCAAAUCCACCGGCCAGGAGCUCAUCGGCGGGCUGGACGUGCGCGUGCAGAGGAAUUAUUUCGGCCGACAGGUCGAGAGUUUCGAGGCGGAGCUCGAAUUGCCUUUCCUUCAUGAUGGUGAUGAUGGUGGGAGCAGACCUUUCCAUUCCGUCUUCAUCCGAGCGCCCGUGGUGGAGAAGGUAUUGCCGCCUUCGCCGGUCUCGACGGAGAAGACGGUGCUUGCGCCGCCGCGACGAGCGACGCAUGCGCCCGUGGAGAUUCUGGGACGGUUACCCGGCCGUGCCAGGGCGAUUCGGGAUCAGACGGUCACGGCGGAGGAUUUGGGAGAGGACGGGGAUAUCGUGGCCGUGAGACAGGGGAAUGUGUUUGGAACGGCAUUUCAUCCGGAAUUGACUGGUGAUGAGAGGAUUCAUGCUUGGUGGUUGAGGGAGGUUAUGAGGGUGAAGGUUGAGACUGAAACUAAGGCUGGAGAAGCGUCAUGA